AUGGGCGUUAAUAUUCAAUACAUUAAAGACACUGAAUUAUAUUUGUAUACAAUAGGAAUGGUAGAGGUUAACGAACAACAUACAUCAGAAAAUUUAAAAAAAUUGCUUCUUGAAAUACUAGAAACGUAUACGAUAAAAAAAGAACAAAUAUACACAAUAACUUGUGAUAACGCAGCAAAUAUGGUGAAGUUAGUAAGAAUAGUAAAUGAAAAAUCAGAAAUAUGUGAAAUGACUGAAAUUGAACAAGACGAUAAUGAUAGCUUUGAUGAUGAUGAGUCUGAUGUUUACAUUAAUGAAGGAGAGCCGCUUUCAUAUACAGAUAUCGAAGAAGAACUUGAAAAUAGUGAAGAACCAACGAAUGCUAUGUAUGUAUUACAAGGGUUUAAAGUUGCACCAAUUAUGAAUUCUAUUUCACGGGCUAGAGUUAUUGUAAAAAAACUUAGAACUCCUAAGUAUUCUUGUUGGUUGGCAAGGGAAGAGUAUAAAUUAGCAAUACUGGAUAAUGAAACACGGUGGAAUUCAUUAUAUAAUAUGUUAUUUAAACUAUUAGAGCUAAAAUCGUUUUGUCAAAAAUAUGAUGAAACAAAUUUGGAGUUAAAACUUCAAAACAGUGAAUGGGAAUGUUUACAAAGCAUUGUUGAUGCUUUGAAACCUGUGAAGAUCGCUACUUUAGCUCUUCAGAAACAGGAUCUAAAUUUGGGAGAUUUUUUUGAAAUUUGGUGGAGGGCCUCUAAUGGUCUGAAAUCAAAUGGCUCUAUACUUUCAAAAUCAAUUCUUAAGGCCAGUGGCGUAACUAUGGGGUAG